AGGUUCAGCACGUUUAAGUAUUCGCUUUGUUGGACAGUAACUUGUUUGACUUUUGGAUGAGAGUUAUAGUGAAGGUAUAAACACUACCUGAUUUUCCGGGUUCUCACCUAGGGAACUCGUCGGGUUCCUGUCUUAGUGCCCGUGCUCAAGAGAAGUCAUGGCAAUGAUGGAACAGACUCCAUGCUUCCCAAUGAGCAAUCACACCAAGGAGAGGGUGACGAUGACCAAAAUGACAUUAGAAAACUUCUACAGUAACCUAAUCGCACAGCACGAAGAGCGCGAGUUAAGGCAGAAGAGGCUAGAAAAAGUAAUGGAAGAGGAAGGACUGAGAGAUGAAGAGAAAAAAAUGCGAAGGUCUGCACAUGCACUGAAAGAAACAGAAUUUCUACGACUAAAACGAACAAGGCUUGGACUGGAGGAUUUUGAAUCCUUAAAAGUAAUAGGAAGGGGAGCAUUUGGAGAGGUUAGACUCGUUCAAAAGAAAGACACUGGACAUGUAUAUGCUAUGAAAAUACUACGGAAAUCUGACAUGCUAGAAAAAGAGCAGGUUGGACACAUUCGUGCAGAACGAGAUAUUCUUGUUGAGGCGGACAGUUUGUGGGUGGUAAAAAUGUUUUAUAGUUUCCAGGAUAAAUUGAAUCUAUACCUCAUAAUGGAGUUCCUGCCUGGAGGUGACAUGAUGACCUUGCUAAUGAAGAAAGAUACCCUAACGGAAGAAGAGACACAGUUUUAUAUUGCUGAGACAGUAUUAGCUAUUGAUUCAAUCCAUCAGUUGGGAUUCAUUCACAGAGACAUUAAGCCAGACAACCUUUUAUUGGACAGCAAGGGACAUGUAAAGCUGUCUGAUUUUGGGCUGUGCACUGGACUAAAGAAAGCACAUCGUACUGAUUUUUAUAGGAACUUGAACCACAGUCUGCCAAGUGAUUUCAAUAUCCAGAACAUGAAUUCAAAGCGAAAAGCAGAAACAUGGAAAAGAAACAGACGACAAUUGGUAUGCUAAUGAAGUUUAAAAAAAAACAAAAAACUGUUUUAGUUAAAUAUUGAUAGAUGAAGAUUUAGGGGAGU